CAGAUAAAAGUUUAGGGUUUAUAUCCCCAAAUCCCCAACUGCAACCGCGAAACUCCAUGCCCGCCCUCAAAAUUCCCCAUUGCGCGCGCUUGGAGACCACGAUUUCCACAGGCAUAAUCGUGUGAAUUAUUGUUUGAAGAAGCUGAAGUUGCGUUUCAAUGGAAAGCAGGAACCGUAAGCUUCUGCAUUCAUCUACUAUGGACGACGAUAGGAUUAGCAUUUUACCGGAGGAACUUCUCUGCCGCAUACUCUCUUUUCUCCCAACAAAGAACGCCGUCGCCACCAGCGUUCUCGCGAAGAAGUGGAAAUCACUGUGGCGUUCACUCCCCACUCUCGACAUCGAUGACGACAAUAUAAGCGAAGACAACCAUGCUCGCUUCGUUGAGUCUAUCUCUGCAUAUAUCAACUCCCGUAACCACCACCAACCUCUUCAGAAAUUCCGCCUCAGAUUCUCUAACCCGCGUGAGGACUUCACCAAUGAUACUGACUGUGUUGAAUCUGCCCUGCAACUCCUACUUCACCAUGUCCAAAUUGAGCACAUUGAUAUCGCCCUCCCCUACCCCUGGAUGUUUUGCCCAGAAUCAGAAGGAGGGGGGCUACAACCGCCAAAACUCAAUUUCUGGCCUCUCAUAUUCACUUUCACAAAUCUUAUGGUUCUCAAGCUGGAGGCGAUAAGAUUCAAGCAUUUUUCCUCUGUUGAUUUUCCCUUCCUUAAAACCCUGCAUCUGCAAAUUGUGCUUUUCGAAAAACGUGAAUGUCUUGCCAAACUCCUUUCUGGAUGCCCAGUUCUUGAGGAUUUCAAAGAAGUUUGUAUAUUGCCGCAAAUGUGUUCUUGUGGUGACAUAGAGUUUAAUACAUUACCCAAGUUGGUCAGAGCCAAUGUUUCUGGGCGAUAUGUUUUUUUGCUUAAAGCUGUUAAAAAUGUGCAAUUUCUGCACAUUACUGAGAUUGAUGAUGGAAACCUGCAUAAUUUCAAAAGCACAAACCUAUCAGUUUUCCCCAUGUUUCACAAUUUAACCCAUAUUGAACUCUCCUUCUGCUGUACAAUGCGUAAGGAUUGGCUUCAGGCACUGGAGUUGCUCAAGAAUUGCCCCCAGCUUCAAGUUCUCGUCAUAAACCAGCCAUAUAUAAUUGGUAAAAUUGAAGGCCAAUUAAGAGAUUGGCAAUGCCCACAAUCUGUUCCUGAGUGCAUUCUAUUACGGCUUAAAAGAUGCUAUCUAAAUGAGUAUAGCGGCACCAGAGCUGAGUUUCAAUUUGCAAGAUAUAUUAUGCAGAAUGGAAUAUUUUUAGAGAACAUGGCAAUACGCUGUAGCUAUGAGGUAAGUCAAGAGGGAAAGCUUGAGAAUCUAAAAGAAUUAUCCUUAUGCACAAGGAAGUCUGAAACUUGUAAACUUUCCUUUGAAUGAUAACAAACUAGAGUUGGUAGCUACAAGUAGUUUCUUCAUUUCUUCCUUUUAACUAGUUAGAAGCUAGACACAAUAACUAUUCUCUUCUAGUUCUUGUUAUUCCUCUUUUUCUUUGUUUAGUUGGUUUUAUUUUGUAUGUUUUAUUUAAGAACCUACACUUUUUCAAUGUUAAUGAUGAAUGUUAUGAGCUGAGUA